AUGCGAAUGGCAGUGACAACGGCAGCUUCGACAUCUUCCGAUAUCUCUGGGCUAGCCGAUCAACUUGUGCAGAAAGAGAUCGACUACAAUGAACUUCAAGCACUUUUCACCAAGUACAAGCUAAAGCAAAAGGUGAAAUAUGACAAGCUUCGGGAUGAGGUGCUGGCUUACAUCAAGAAGACCGCAACAUCGUCGGACAAAGAGAAUAAUGCUUUGUUGAUGAUACGGGUAUCCGAAACAGAAGCAAAACUGGAAGAAGCCGAACGGAGGAAUGAAGCGUUGAAUAGGGAAUUACAACGACGACAAACACAAAUAAACGAUCAAACUAUUUUGCUUAAGAACCUCGAAGAUCAGGUGAGAGCAAGAAGACCGAUGACAGAAAUGGAAAGAAGCGAAAGACGUAGAAUGAACGAAUUGGUGGAUAUGGAAAGUGUUCAUGCACAAAUGACAUAUAAGGAUGAACGAAUCAUCGAGCUGAACAAUGUGAUUCUCGACAAGGAACGACAAAUUUUGGAUUUACAAGAACUGGUCCGAGAACACGACGAAGUGGCGAGCAGCAAGAAACAGGCGAUGAGAUUGGUGCAGAAGAGAUUCGAGGAGCUCGACUCAAAAACUCAUCGAACGAUCGGAACGGAAACGGAUUUUUCUUUGUUAAAUGGUUCUCCCUCGCAUGCACGAUCAAGACACGAAGGAGCUUCAACCUCAUUUUCGAGAGCAAUUCGGGGAACGAGUCCUGGACGAGCUGUGAGAGGCCAUCAACAAUCGCAUGGUACCUCAUCACCUCCACCGCUUGACCCAAGCGAAGACACCCUUGAUGAUGAAGAUCAACCCGGAACAAGCAAUUUGGUUCGCCGUUUGAUGGAAGAGAAACGAAAGAAGAAAUUACGUGUCACCUUCGAUUUGCCUGCAUCGGGAAGCCUUGAAUCCAUACUUCAUCCACCGUCCGAGAAACGCAAAGAAGAGGAGAAAAUUGAAGCCAUUGAAAAAGCCGUUGAUCCGGUGAAUCACGAGGAAAGACAACGAGAAAUCGACGAGUUCGCUUCUGCUGUUCAAGCACUGACUACCGAGAACGAACGCUUGAGGGGUGUGGUCGAUGAACAGAGCACUGAAUUGGUCGAAUUGAGAGCGAACGCUUCUGAGGCUGACAACGAGGCAUCACGAGUGCAAAAAGAGAACAAGAGCGCGACGGCAAAAGCCCGAGUCGUGGCCCAGGCACGGAUCAAGGAUUUGGAGGACAAGAUGGCCGAAUUGAACAAGUCUUUGUCAACACAAAUUGAAUCUCUGCAAAUGGAGAACGAGACGCUUCGAAGCACGCGUGAGUGGGAGAUUGAAGAAAACGCAAAAAUGAGACAACGAUUGGCGAAAACGCUAGAGAAAAACAACAAGCUGCAUGGCGAAGUGGAGGCGAGUUUGGUCACAAAUUGUGAACUCGAGACGAGGAUGCUUGCUGAACAAGAGGUGAUGCAACGAAUGAUGGAAGAUCUCGAAGACGCCGAGAGAAUCAUCGUUCAACAAGAUGAUGACAAAGCACAAAUGGCUGAGGAUAUGGAAUUGAUGAGAGGGGCAAUCAUCGCUCAAGAACAAUUCAUUGAGGUGCUCGAAGCGGAUAUCGUUAUUUAUGAAGAGCACAUUGGCAUUCUUAGGGAAUCGCUUGGAGCAAGCAAGGUGGACCAUCGUGAUCUCAUUCGAUCGAAAGCAUUCGAGGCGAAAUUACGAGCGCUGGAAGAGGAAAAGCAAGAGAUCGCUCGCACAAGACACGCU